AUGACAACAAAGAGCGAAUUGCAAAAGAAGGAGAAAGAAUUGAAGGAAAAAUUAAGCUUAUUUGCGGGAAGAAAAAAGGAACAACAAAAGGGUGCGACAACGAAACAAAUAUUAAAAAACUUAGGAAAGGAUGAGUCACCAAAGAAGAAAAGUGAAGUAUUAAAGCAAUGUAGGAAGUCAUCGGUAGACGGGAAGGUAUCAAAAGAGCGCAAGACCGGUUCCAUGCGACGAGUGAAGUCCUGCUCAAUGCACGGAAAUACCACCGGAAACAUUGAAACGUCAAAGAAGAAGAAAAAGACAAUUGGAAAUCAGUUGGCUCAUCAAGAAAUAUUUGAAAACUCGGAGAUUGAAAUUUCAAACUAUCAUUCAACUGGAAUCAGUGCUUCAGUAACACAUACUCCUUCAGAAGUAAGCCUAGAAAAGGAAGGCGGUGAUGUAAAUUUGAAAUUAUCAAAUGAUAUGACUGAAAAGAGAUCAAAAAAUAAAACUGAAAAAGAAGAUGAAGAUGAUACAUUAUUUAAUGUAGAUCCCAUAAUGCCUGAUUUGGAUCUACCAUCACUUCGUUUAAAUGCCAAGAUGGAAUGA